CCGGUAGAUAGGUUAGUGUGCUAACGUUUUGUCCGCUCCAGCACAGUCGAUAUACUCACUACGCUGUCGCUAACAUCACCAUAAAUUAAGUAAUACACCGAAAAAAUUACGUAAUAUUAUGUCAUAGAAGCUCCCUAAUAAUCGCGGCAAAGCCACAAACUCACGCGGUGAUAUGUGAUUUUUUUAGUGAUUUAUUUCUUUUUUUCAAAAUUUUAAACGCGGGACUUGAGAAGCAGGAUUUUUUGAGGAUUGUUUAAGGACUAUUAAAUUCUUCAUUGAUACAAAAAAAUUAAAAAUAACACAAAACCUGGAAAAACGCAGUCAUUGAUUUAUUAGUUCAUUCAAAACAAAAUAUUUUUUCUAAAUUUUGAAUCUGAAAUAUUACUGAGGACAUUUAAAGGACAUGGUGCUAACAAACUGCUGAGUUAAAAAAUUUCUGAAGGUGGCCGAUGAGAAGAAACGCGUUACAUUCGGGGGUGGUUUAAAGGAAAAUGGGGAAAAGGGCGAGGAAAACUAGGUGGCGGGCACUAGAUAUAGCAGAUGACCACAGCGACAGCGAAGAAUCCAACACUAAUUCCUCAGCGGUAUCCAGCCGUUAUUCGAGAAGUAUCAGUAACGGGUACUAUUCAAAAUAUUCCUAUUCUAGUCAAUCGACGCCUGCGCGAAGACAACGGUACAACCCUUACGAUGGUAGCACGAAAAGUACCCGGUCGAGUAGCACGACAAGCGAAAAUAAGAUUACUUUUAACGAAGAUGAAUAUACGCGAAUCACAACUCCUAGGCAAGAUGUUCUAUUUAAGAAGGGUUACUUGAACAAACCGAAAAGUUAUCAAACUCAAACUUCCACCGGUAACUCUACAAUUUCCACGGGUAAUUCCACUGAAAAUGGAACUCCCGACCAUCAAUCCACAGAUUUGGAUUACGAAUCUCAAUUUAUGUUCCCUAACGGUUUUGUUGAUCAGAAUGGAAUCUACUACGUUAAUAGUUACGAACCAUAUCCAUUAAUGAUGUUCAACCCACCCACAUAUUUCCAAGAGUUUUCCAGUGAUAAAAUGAAGAGAUACAGCACAGGAUCCUUGAGUGAGUCCAUGAGUCCCAACAACGAAGAAGCCACCAGUCAGGAUCUGAGUCAGAGCGGUGGCGAGGCCUCGAACAGUGGCGUGUCCGAUUAUAGCGGUCCCCCUGUGUAUAAUAUGGUUUAUCCCGGUUAUUAUGUGAGCGGGGCUUGUACGCCAACUGAUUUGACGAACGGCCAGCAUCAUCAUCAUUAUCCUCCGGAACCGGUGAAAAAACUAAAGAAGCGACGCGAACGGAAAUCAUCUAAAACAAUCCCAGGUGAUUCGUCUGAAUUCACCGAUGAAAAUUCGGAUGAUGAAAACGUUCCUCUUAACCGUGUCAGCAUAGCUGAACAUCAACAGGAGGCCGCUUCUAGGGUGGAAGCCCCAUCACCAACUGAAAAAGAUGAAAAAUCUUUAAAGACUUAUGAUACUAAUGAUCAAUCAAACUCACACGGUUGUGCCGAUGAAAAGACUGAAAAAAUUGUUACCAAAACUAACCAGGCUCAACCGAAAUCUUCAAUCCUUAAACCAGAUGCCGAAGAAUUCAUACCACGCGCUUACCAUCCCGUCAAAAUGUUACCACCCAAUUUCAUGCCCAUCCCUCUAGUACCUAUAGGCGAAUUUGGAACACAGAACUUUGCUCCUCAUCCAGCAUUUAUCCCACCCGGUUUCCCUGUUAACUUCAUUCCUCAUCAUUUGAGUCAAAAAAUGUAUCCUCCCCCCGUUCCACAAAGUUUUGUCAGUUACCCACCUCCUGUUGUACCAACAACAGCAGAGACGAAAAUCGAAGAAAUUAUUAAUACGCACGAUGAUAAAGUUGUUUGUGACGAUAAAAAUAGAGCAAACACUGCCACACCUUCUCAUACGCCGGUCGUUGAGGAAAUUAAAUCACAAAUUCAUACGAAAACUAUUGAUAUUGCCACUGUCGUUUCGAAAUUGGAAGCCGUCAAGCAACAAGAAACUAUUGUAAGUUCAGAAGAAACUAUUGUGAUUAAUAAAACAAGACCUACUAAACCUCAUCACAACUUUAAACGAAACUUUUAUGCUAAAUAUAGAGAUUCUCCAGUAAAAAGUGGAGAAGCUACACCACAAACUCACCAUAAUAAUGAAGGUUCUGGUAGCCAGAGCCUCCAAAACAGUCCAUAUCACUUUAAAAAGACUCUAAAUGAAGCUCAAAUACGAGUUAAUUAUCAUCGUAAUGAAGCUAAAAAUGGUUUUCCAUUGCUAAAUGGAACCAGAUCUGCUACACCAGAAUAUUCUAGGCAAGUAACAAAUAGUCCUGAGAGGUUCCAGCAAAAGAAAAGUUGGAAACCUUAUCAAAACAACACUGGGGCUAAUUAUAAAAAAAUUCAACCAAAUUAUCAAAAACCUCUUGUUAAUGGGAAAAUUUCUUCUGAAAAGAAUCCUGUUGCUUCUGAGGCAAAGCCUGAAAUUGGCAGAUCACCUGCAAAGUCUAUCAAAGAAGCACCAAAAGCUAAUCCAAACAACAGUCAAUGGAUAUCAGUCUCUAACCGAAAAAAAAAGAAGAACAAAAAUGUCGAAGAAGAUUUCGAUGUCGAGGACCCUAUAAAUGAAUCAGCUGAAUCUGAUUUAUUUGAGUCUUAUGAUGUUAAUCAACUUGUCGAUGUAGUCCCUCCAUCCAACUUUGAACCACAAGAGGAAUCGCAAGUUAAAAAAAUUGAGAGUAUUUUAACGAGCAUUGCACAGAAUGAAGCUCAAGAAGUAUCAACUACAACCGAGAUUUGUAUACCUGAAGUAAGUGAUAUUGAAAAAAUUAUAAUCGAGGAGCAGCUUAAAGUUGAGGUUGUUGAACAAAAAAAUAAGGAUGAAGAAAAGGUUGCUGUGAAAGAGUCUACUCCAGUUGCCAGUGUUGAAGAAGUUUUUAAGUCAAAGAAAAGAUCCAAGAAAGGAACUCAAAAGCCUUUAUUGAAGAAAGUUAUUAUCACUGAUAUUUUUAACGAUGAACCUAAGAUUCCUGUUGAAAAGAAAGUGGUUACUGUUGAGGAUCUGAAACCAAUGGUCUCUACUGCUGCACCAGUAAAGGUUAUUGAGGAACCAGUCGAAGAAUCAACUGCCGAAAUUGACGUUGCUGAAAAGAAAUCAAAGAAAAAGAAGAAAACUAAAUCUAACAAAACCUAUAACAAUGAAAAUAAUAAUGAUUCUACGAAAUCAUUACCAACAGAUGAUUCUUAUGAAGUUCUUCUAGAAAACACUAUCGCCUCAGGUGAAAAUGUGGAGGAAAUAUCAUUGGAACUGGACAAGUUAAUUCAAAAAGGCAUGUACAAUUCCUUCCAGGAAAACAUCAAAACCCUAAACGUGGAACCUGAAGCAGACGCUUUCUUUAAGACAAUUGGCUCCACACUGGCAGGAACAAGCAAAGACAAAUCUGUAGCAGCAUCAGGCUCAUCUACAAAGACUCCAGACUUUAACAGAAUAUUCCAAAGCACGAGGCAGUUUCUGAAACCGAACAUGGUAAGUGUAGAACGAGAUAUUAAGGUAGACGUUGAUAGAGAUAAUAAUAAAGCAUGUUCUUCUACUGUAGACGCUGCCGAUCCGAGCCGUGGACUUGUUGUAGACAACUCCACCAACACAACAACGGACGAUGAGAAACUCUAUCCGAUCACGCAGGCUGUGAAGGAGUGGAUGAGCAAAACUCGUGAAGCAACCCCCGAGAUAGAGAUUCUUAAAAGUCCUUCCAUUAUUCAGAAGGAAUUGUUAAUGUUGAAUUUAGAUGAUGAUGAAGAUGAACUCACGUUAUUUUCUUCUUGUUCCUCGACCGAUAAUGAUCUUUUGGAAUAUUGGGAAAAUGAAAUAACAUCGCCACUCAAAGACUGUGAUGGUUUAUAUGCUAAAGACAUUGAUAAAAUUUGCGCUAAUGUUAAAAGUUGUGAUAAAUGUAGGACUGAUUCUAUAAAAACCGAUGGAGGGGAAGAUGAUGAAGAAAUUGCGGUUUAUGAAAGCAAGUAUGGCAAAAACGAGGCAUUUUUGAGUCUUCAAAAGGAAAAUGGCCAACCUCGGCCAGAGCAUUUCUUACCAAACCGCGCUGUUUGUUGCAGCUUACAGUAAAUAUUGUUAAUAAUUAUUAAUGUAUAUUUUUCUUGUUAAAGUUUUUAUGUAGAUGCGGCUUUAUUCACCACCCCAUAUACUUAUAACACGUUGAUUUAAAAAAAAAAAUGUAUCCCAUAUAGAGAGACCUCGUCUACGGUCAGUGUGAUUAGAUACCUGCUGUUGCCAACCUCGUCUUGUGUAUUAUACGAGAAUUUAAUUUUAUACACUUCAGCCAGUAAAGUACCUAUAUAAAAUGUUGAUAAAUAAUUUUUGUUAAAAAAAUGAGUUUCACUAUGUUAGAGAAACAUGUAAUGAAAUAAUAAGCAUUUUUACUUUAAGUAAUAUAAAGCAAAAAUACACAUCAAAAAUAAUGUAUAAAGACUAUUGCAAUAAAUAGGAAUAUUUUAAGGUUUGUUGAUAUAUAUUUCCUUAUAAGGUCUGUUAUGAUCUGGCCAAAAACCUUCAAGAAUGGUGAUAUUUUUGCGCAACGAUGUACUGAAUCAAUGCUCGAUUGGAACAGACCUAAUAUAGCCAAUAUAUGCUAAAAUUUUUAACAAAUUACAAAUAAUAAAAUAUAAAGAAUACCUGCAAAUGUAAAAUGGUGCUAGUAUAAUAGUUAACUUGGAAGCACUACAUGAUUAUACAAAGCAAUAACAAAAAGAGAAGCAAUCAGAUGGGAUGGCAGAAAAGUUUUAAUUUAUGUUUUGAGCUGAACUAGAAAAUAAAUUAGAGAACAGAAGAUUGCUUCUCCAAAUAAACAUUUAUAAAUGCCAUACAUUUAAUUAUUCAUAUUUAAAGCUAGAUUCACAUUAAUUGAAACUAAACGGUUACAAUGUAAUUGUGAAUCAAGCUUUUCAUUGCGUGUACCUAUUUAAUUUUUUUUUAAACAUGUAGCUCAUUACAUUGUUGUAAUAAAAAAAUAAAUAAGAAAAACAUCCAAAUGGGCAAGUACAAAAACAUUCUAAAAUAUCUAUCGCAAUUUUUUUAAUAUUAUCAUUGUUUUUAGUAGGAAGAUUUUAAUAAGAAAAAUAAAAUCCAUUGAUGAAAUAUUUCAUUGAAAGCAAGCAUCUCUGAUGUACUUUCCUUGAAAUCGUUAAUUUAUUAUAACUGUUGUCACUUAUGUGAAGAAAUUGUAAUUGUUUUUCUUAAAGUGACAAGUGACAGUUUUAUUUUACCUGAAGAUUUCUUGAAGUUUUCCUUAAAUAAUUCAAGAAAAAUUUCCUCUAAGAAAAAUAAAUUAUAAUUUACUUAUUCAAACAUUUUAAUGCCAUUAUUGUGCAAACGUUUUAAUUGCAUGUCGUGUCAGCGCCAAAAAAUACAGAUCAAAUUUUGUAAAAUAUUAAUUCGAAUUUUUUGUUAAACUGUUUUUUAGUUUUAACUAUUUUAUUCCUUAUGAUUAUUGAUUGAUUGGUUUUUGAAAUGUAGGGUAAUUUGAAUUUAGAAACGGCCAUAUAAUAUAAAAGUAUGCUCAUUAUCGUUAUUCUAAAAAAUUGCUCGAAAAGUAAAAUUUUUAGAACUUUUUAUUUGUAGCAAAUUUUUGAAAAACUAGACUAGGCAUGAUUUUUUUUUUAAAGUUGCUUACAUAGAUUUUCACUCAAUAAGCGCUUUGGAACAUUUUAAUUUUACUUAAAUGCAUUCUUUAAGCAUUUAAUGAGUGAUAGAAUGAAAAUGAAGCUAUUUAAUUUAUAGCACUCUGUAUAAUGAAAUAUUUAGAUACGAUUAGAUGUUUAUUUCAACAAAGAAUCGGUGCAAAGCUGAUAGGAGUUGUUUAUGAUUCUGUUGGAAAAAACUUUAGCAAAAUUUUUAAUCUUAGAUCAAUAUUGGAAACAAUAUCAGAAUAUCGUAAUUAAGCUUAAAUUAUCCAAAAAUAAAGGCCUGUUUCUUAUUAGAGGAAAGCAAUUACUUAAAUGAAAUAGAGUGUGCAAGUCCCAGUAAUAAAAAUCGCUCUUUAUUAUUAAAUUUAUUAAUAUAAUUUUGUUAUAUUUUAAGGUUUUUGUUUUUUUGUGUUGUACCUAUGCAUGGGUUCAAUUUUUUUUUCUUUUGUUAUUUAAACUUAAAUCAAUAAUAAUGAUUACCGAAUGAUUAAUUGUUAAAUUGUUAUUUUUUGAGAUUUGUGCCUUCGCAAUAUUUGUAAAAUAAAAAAAAAUAUACAAAAA